CAGAGGGGUGACACAGAUUUCUAAGCGUUUCAGGCGAGUUCAAGUUCUACUAAAGAGAAACCAAAAAUGAUGAACGGACAGCUUAACGGUUUCCACAACUCUCUCAUUGAGGAGGACUGCUUCUUGUUUACAUCCGAGUCCGUUGGAGAAGGCCACCCAGAUAAGAUUUGCGACCAGAUAAGUGACGCAGUGUUGGACGCUCAUCUGAAGCAAGACCCAGAUGCAAAGGUGGCUUGCGAAACUGUUGCCAAAACUGGAAUGAUUUUGCUGGCUGGAGAGGUGACAUCUCGUGCAGUUGUAGACUAUCAGAAGGUGGUCCGAGACACUAUAAAACACAUCGGCUAUGACGACUCAACCAAGGGCUUUGAUUAUAAGACCUGCAAUGUGCUGGUGGCUCUGGAGCAGCAGUCUCCAGACAUCGCUCAGGGCGUUCAUUUAGAGCGAGACGAGCAGGACGUUGGAGCUGGAGAUCAGGGUUUGAUGUUCGGUUACGCCACUGACGAGACAGAGGAAUGUAUGCCACUCACUAUUGUGCUCGCUCACAAACUUAAUUCCAAGAUGGCUGAACUGCGCCGUAACGGGACCCUGCCCUGGCUCCGUCCAGACUCCAAAACUCAGGUGACCGUGCAGUACAGACAGGAGCAUGGAGCCAUGCUGCCCAUUCGCGUCCACACUAUCGUCAUCUCUGUGCAACACGAUGAAGACAUCUGCCUUGACGAGAUGCGUGACGCUCUUAAAGAUAAAGUCAUCAAUACUGUGGUGCCCUCAGUUUAUCUGGAUGAUGACACCAUCUACCACUUACAGCCCAGUGGACGAUUCGUCAUUGGAGGCCCUCAGGGUGAUGCCGGUCUGACUGGUCGUAAGAUUAUCGUCGAUACCUAUGGGGGCUGGGGAGCUCAUGGUGGAGGAGCGUUCUCUGGAAAGGACUACACUAAAGUGGACCGAUCUGCUGCGUACGCUGCCCGCUGGGUGGCCAAAUCCCUGGUGAAGGCCAAACUGUGCAGACGUGUACUUGUGCAGGUCUCUUAUGCAAUUGGAGUGGCUUAUCCUCUCUCCAUUUCCAUCUUCCACUAUGGCACAUCCCAAAAGAGCGAGCAGGAGCUGCUUAAAAUUGUCAAGAAAAACUUCGAUCUUCGCCCAGGAGUCAUCGUGAGGGAGCUGGAGCUGAAGAAGCCCAUAUACCAGAAGACCGCUGCUUACGGGCACUUUGGUCGUGAGUCCUUCUCUUGGGAAGUGCCUAAAAAGCUGCACUACUAAAACUUUUGUCAAGGUUUUUCCUCUUUAAGCCUGUUGGUGUAAUCUACAGAGAAGCCCACAUGGCUUAUGGGGAGAAGUCUAUUUCUGGUACUACUGGUCCAUCUGAUUUAAACUGUUUCCUCUCAUUUUUCUCCCAUACCGCAUCAUUCAUUUCAUUUCUAAGUGUAGAGUUUAUUAAGUUUCAGAUGUGAUUUCACUCUCAGAAAAAAAGGUACAAAAGUAGUCCCUUUAUGGUAUCUUUUAAAAGUGGAUACUUUUGUAUUUAAGGGUACAUGUUAAUACCUCAAGGAUCCAAAUUGGUACCCUUAAAGUUGUAUAUUAG